UCUAUACUAGCAGUUACUACCUAGCAACAUUAUCCAGCCAAUGAAAUAUUGGCGACGCACACAAGUACUUGUCCCUUUAAUAAAUACAGUGUUGUCAUCUAAGUUUGUGUUUUGAAAAUUGAAGUGAUUUUAGAGUAAGCGGAUAGAUGUCUGAAGAAGUUUCUAAAAGAACAGAAGAGGAGACUGACACACCAGUUCUAGAGGGUCAGUCUGACGACAGUAGUGGCGAGGAAGAAGCUUCAGGAGACACUGAGAUGGAUUUCCUGCGCAAUCUCUUCUCAAGGACUCUUGGCUUGAGUCCAGGGGAGAAAGAGCUGGAUGAGUUGACCCUGGAUGGGGUUGCCCGCUACAUCCUGAGCGGCAAAUGCAAGAACAUAAUCUGUAUGGUUGGAGCUGGAAUAUCAACAUCGGCUGGAAUCCCAGAUUUCCGAUCGCCCGGCACUGGUCUUUAUGCCAACUUACAGAAGUUCAACCUGCCCUACCCAGAGGCCAUCUUUCAGAUCGAUUAUUUCAAGAAACAUCCUGAGCCCUUCUUUGCUCUGGCCAGGGAGCUGUACCCAGGACAAUUUAAACCCACAGUUUGUCACUAUUUCAUAAAAAUGCUGAAGGACAAAGGCCUACUGAGACGCUGCUACUCUCAGAAUAUCGAUACAUUAGAGAGAGUUGCAGGUCUGGAGGGAGAGGACCUGAUUGAAGCCCAUGGCACAUUUCACACAUCUCACUGUGUGAGCUUCCUCUGUCGGAAGGAGUACUCUAUGGACUGGAUGAAAAAUAAGAUAUUCUCUGAAGAUAUUCCAAAGUGUGAUUCCUGUGGAAACCUGGUCAAACCAGAUAUUGUGUUUUUUGGGGAGAAUCUACCUUCUCGAUUCUUCACCUCCAUGAAAAUGGACUUUCCUGGCUGUGACCUUCUCAUAAUCAUGGGCACAUCCCUGCAAGUGCAGCCAUUUGCAUCUCUAGUCAGUAGAGUAUCAAACAGCUGUCCAAGACUGCUCAUCAAUAUGGAGAAAACUGGACAGUCAGAAUUUGGCAUGGGAUUGUUUGGUUUUGGAGGAGGAAUGGAUUUUGACUCCGAUAAAGCUUACAGAGAUGUGGCGCACCUGAGCACGUGUGAUGAUGGCUGCAUGGCCCUUGCCGAACUACUGGGAUGGAAAGCAGAGUUAGAGGAGUUGGUGAAGCAUGAACAUGCUUUAAUCGACAGCAAAGAUGCCAAAAAGAAAGACAAGGAAGUUAAUCAGAGCUCCAAAGACACUGGGGCGGAGGCUGCAAAGAGUGAUGAAACAGAAUAACAAUGCAGAGCAUGCAGAGGCUGUUCUUUUAGAUCUACUGUAUGUUAUUCAUUUGUCUCUGGGCUUCUUAAGUGUACUUUCAGUCACAUCUCUGUUCCUUUGAGCUGCUGUGUCUUCAUCUGACCUUAACAGUCUGAGGAGGUAGCAGAAGAUACUAUAUAAAUAGUACAAAAACUGUACAGAGCUCAGACAGGAACAGUGAGACAGAUAGAAAGCACAGACUUUUGCAGAAGCUAUACCGGAGUGUUCUGCUUUGGUUCAUCAAACAAAUUUAUGAAAAGCUGAAUGCUUUAAAUUAGGAAUAAUUAAUUAAAAAAUGAAAUUCAUUAUUUACUUACCUUUAUGUAAUUCCUAAUGCGUAUGACCUUUCUUCUAUGGAACAGAAAAGGACUGAUUGUAAAUAAUUCAAAGGACAGUUUUGUGAACGAGAUUAACAGAGUCAUUGAAAAAUUCUGAUUCUAAAGAACAAAUCACUUACGAAUCAAAUGCUAUUUUUCUCAUGAACACGUGAUAUUCAUGGAUGCUUAAAAGCUCCAUGAAAAAGAUGGACUAGUACAUUCCUUAAAAUUUCUUCUUUUAUGUUCACAGGAAAAAGUUAAUCUGGCUUGGAGAAAUGUUAUAAUGACAGAAUUUUCACUUUGGGGUACAAAAAAUAAAAAAAAAUAAAAAUAAAUAUGAAGGCCUCAUUUAAACCUACAACAAGGGUCUGGCUUGUUGGGUCUAAUGUGCCAAUGCACAAACACUGACAUUGUUGUGUUUGUUGGCAUGAGUAUUUGUUAAUGCUAAUGAUGGUAUACAGUCUUAUGUCUGAUCUGCUCAGUCUUUAUUUCCCUCUUUGUGCAAUCAUUUGUUGAUUUUGGUAUUAUGUUCUCUUUUUAAAAAAAUAUAAAUUUUCCUUUUGAAUUAUUUUAUUUAUCAUCUUUGCAUAAUAUUAACUAAUAUAAUACAUUAUUUACUGUUUAUUUAGUGUCUGAUGUGUAUCUUUGGUUUGAAUGCUAUUUUAUGCUUUGGCUCAAUUGUGUAAAAGAAAGUUGACAGCGGGUUUUACAACAUUACUGUAAUAUCUGAUUGAGUCCAUUGCAACCUGAGAUGAGGAAACAGAAAUAAAACAUUUGUGUUCUAUAUAUGUUUGUAGUGUAAUGUUGCCAAAAUGCAUUAAAUAUAGUUAGGAAUAUUUUUGCUUUGCAUCUACAAUAAGAAUACAGAACUAUCUGUGGUGCAAAGUACAAGUAGAAACCCUUGUAGCCAUCAGCAUUCUAGCUUUUAUUUUAUACAGCAUGUCUUUCUGAGGUUUAAUGUUGUUUUGAGACGGUGGUUGGCUGCAGAUAUUAUAAACUUUCGGUUUGCUUUACUUGGAGUCCUGCUUACUCAGCUGAGUAACUCCUGUUAUGCAAUACCAUUUGAGCUCUGUAACAUUAAAAAAAUAAAAAUAAAAUAAAGUCUGCCUGUGUUGUAA